AGAUAAUGUCAGACUGUAUUUGAUGAAUUACUGGACGAUGGCUACAUACACCAAAGGUUCUAGAUGGGAGAAAUUUUGAAGAAAAAACCAUCGUGUGUAUGAAGAAAUAAACGAUGGGAAACAUUUCUUCAACCUGUGAUCUAUGUUCUAGACCAGCGACACAGUCUUGCAACAACUGCAGAGUUUCCCUGUGUAGAAACUGCACCAGUAACCAUGCCAGUGGAUGUUCUAGCCGACAUCAUGAGAUUGUCCCUUUUGGACAAGACAGAGGACGGAGAGCUUACCCUCGGUGUAUUAUCCAUACCCACAGGGUAACCGAAGGACAUUGCCACAAUUGUCAAAUCCCAGUCUGUAUGGAAUGCGUCACAGGUCGUCAUAGUGGCCAUGUUAUUGAAACCUUGGAAGACGUAAUUGCCACAAGGAGAGAAAUUAUUAGAAUAGAGACAGAUGAAAUUGAGUCCAUUUUGCGAAAUGAAGCACAACAGUUAUCUGAUAUCGAUCAAGACAUUCAAAGAGCCAAGCCCAACUUUGUAGAAUUGGGUGUACAAGCAAGGGAUCUGAGACAACAAUGGCAUGGAGAAAUAGACGGAAUUUUUGACAACCUGGAAUACUUGAUCCAAACUUUCAGAAAAUAUAAACUUGAUACCUUGAAUCACUACCGAUCCAAAAUAAAAUGCAGGAAUUCUAAUAUGGCACACAUUGUACAGGUAAAUAGAGAACUCCUGGGGUCCAGCAAUGUGUCUGAAAUAUACAACUACCGACCUAGGCUGACAGAUCUCAGGGACGUCCCUCAGAGACCAGAACUGAAAGAACCCUCUCUGAAAACAACAUUUAUCCAAGGAACGGAGCGGAAAAUGGAGUUCGGAAAAUUUGUCAAUUCAUUGACAAUGACUUCGUUACUCAGUAUGCAAGAUGAGCUAUAUCUAUCAGAUUUACUAGCAGAGCCAAUAGUCAUUGCAGUCAUUUCCACUCAAAUAAAUAACAGACAUCUGUGUAGAUUAGCUUGUGUCGGGUCGGACAGAGCUUGGGUUUGCGGACAGGACAAAACCAUCACAUUAGUGGCCCUGGAAGGAUCUGUUCGAGAUACUGUCAUCAGCACAUGUAACGACUUUCCUGGAGAUAUACAACUGAACAGAGAGGGAGAACUGGUGUACAGUGACGUUGCUCAUCAGAGAGUGAACGUUGUUAGGAAUGGGAACACAGAACCGCUGAUAACUACCCAGGACGACUCGUUUCCUUAUAACCUGUGCUGUACCAUAUCGGGGGAUAUCCUGAUUGGCGUGGGUCACAGAUCUGCUAACAGCCAUCCAAAGAUAGUCCGAUAUCGGGGAGAGAGAAGGGUGAUGGAAAUUUAUAAAGAUGAACACGGAAAUCCAAUUUUCCAAGGUGCUCACAUCUCAGUAACCGAAAAUAUCAAUGGCGACAUCAUUACAACAGAUGCCAAUAGUAAAGCAGUGGUUGCUCUGGACAACACUGGAAGGGUCAAGUUCCGGUACAACCAAAGUCCGCCAGGAAGGGAGAUGCCCUUUUGUCCGGGAAAAGUCGUAACGGACUCGGUGGGUCGUAUCAUUGUAGCAGAUGACAACCAUUGUCUACACAUCCUCGAUCAGAACGGGAGGUUUCUGCGUUGUGUGGACAACUGUGGACUUGAUCGUCCCAGCGGACUCAGUUUGGACAGUGAGGGGAGGUUGUGGGUGGGGUCGUAUCAUACUGGGGAGAUCAAGGUGAUAAAGUACAAAAGCUGAAAGUUGAAGGCUGCUUUAAAUGAAAUACGAGUGGAGAUAUUCUAUGCAGAAAAAAUGUUCUUUUCCUAUUGGACAUUCAAUUAAUUACGUCAAACACAAGGUCGGGAUUCUUCACAGAUAACGUAAUGAAAUAGGCAUGAUAAAUUGCAACCAAAACCAGUGGGAAAGUAUAAAAUAGAAACCAUAACAUUCUCCCUGAGAGUAUGUACAUGUUUUUAUAAACCAUUACUUGAGGCAUGGAACUUUUCACAUUCGAACUUUUGAAACAUAAAGAAGAAAGCUACAUGUAAUUUGGAAAUCGUUUAGACCAGGCUCUUGUAGUGAUUGUAGAAAUUUAAGGUGGUAUGGGACACCUCCAUAUUGUGACAUAUUUCCGAUCGGAAUAAACAAGGGAAUCAAGUAUAAUUUUAUAAAUCUUUUCUUUCCCAAAUCUGUUACUUAAAGCCCCUUUCACAAUUGGCGCACGAGCACUUUACAACACUUUACGAUCGGGAUUUUUUGGCUUCGCGCGAGCUAUGAUACGUUGCACGAGGUCUCGCAUUCGUUGUAUGCGUUUUUGUGGUUGCGUCAAGUCUUCUAAAAAUACUGGAAAUGCACUCUAUUCAGACGCGACCGAAUGCGAUCUAAAUGUCUGCAAUGCAACGCAUGAGCAUUACUACGAACUUUUUACAACGUUUUGUGUACUGUCUCGCAAGAGCGAUGCACGACUUUUAAUGAUCGUAAGAUAAAUUGCAGCUGUUUAUGCGUUUGUUGUUCGACCACGAGACUGUUGCUCAACGUGUCUCGUGUAAUCUUGCAAUGUUUUACGAUCAUUGCAAGAUUCAUCACUUUCAGUUACUAGUAUAUACUGAAUACA